AUGCCUGAGGACAUGGAUGCCAAGGAAACUGAUGCAAUACCUGUUGCUGAGAGUGCAGACAUAUUUACUUUGAUCCAAAUUUUCUUUCCCCAGGGCUGGAGCCAUAGCUUCGAAAUUAGGAUCCUGAGUAGACAUGGCACCAUGGCCCUAGUCAGCUGGGUUCAGUUAGUCACCGGGCGGCACAGACAGGUCGAGAGCCAACGUCUGAAUAAUGAUGACCAUCUGGCCUGGACGGCCGUCGAGGCUUUGAAAGUUUCCAAUCCUACACCUGAAGCCGUUGUCCAGCCAGUGGCAGCCAACAAAUCGAAAGAGGGGGAGUCAGAUACGGUUGCUCUCGAAGAUAGGGGUUUUGGCAUCGUGACCAUGAAAGGAGUGUGUUCUGAAUUGUCCUCGGCUAUCGAUAAAUUUAUACAAUUGGAAUCUGAGAACCAGAAAUUCAAAACCUUCCGCCAGUGGCAACGGCGAUAUUGUUGGACCUGGCGAACCGGAAUUAGAAUUAAUUGA